UUCGUUUUGUCAGUCCGUGCAAGCACACACGCUUUAGAUUCUCUGCCACAUUUUAUCUCGUGUACUUUUACGUUCCGUUCUUUUUAUUUAGUCAUUGCCUACACUCUAGCACUUAGUUAUUUUUUUUUCUUUUUCUUCAUUCAUUCAUUCAUUCAUUCAUUCAUCUUGUAACUGACAAGCUAAACCAAGUCGUAACUCGUGUGUCACCUCUUCUGUUAAUCAAUUUAUUGUCAGUUUAAAAAUAGUACCGUCAGUCAUUUUUAUGUGUCAAAAUUAUGGUAAAUUUUGACUCAAGUUUUAUUUUUUCUUUCCAAUAAAGUUCCAUGGAAUUAUUAUUUUGAAUUUAAAACAAGUAACAAUAUGACCCAGUCAUUUCUUUUACAAGUUUUAAAGUGCCAUAAAAAUAACUACUUGUUUUUAAUCAGAGUGACUUUUUCAAUUUUAUUGUGUGUUUAAUUUUUUAUAAAUGAAAAUUUAAUGUUACUCAAAUAAGUCUUAUGGUUAAUAGUGGCAUCGAAAGUUGUAAUAGUUAAGUGAAAAUUGUUUAAUCUGUUAAUUUGGAUGCCAGUGUUAGAAGGUGGAAUCGCAAGGAAGCGAACAAAUCGUUACCGUAAAAUGCGGAUGAGAUUUGGUACCACUUCAAAGGAGUCUUACUCACUCUCAAAGAAGCGGAGACAACAGCUGGAACAAUCGGUUUACUCUGGAACUGAUUCAAGAAAGUUGGCAGUAAAUGAACGUCAUGAUUGCCGAGAAAAUUCGGAUAAGAAUACGACCCAUGAUCUGUUCGAAUUGCUUGAGAGGGUUCAAAGCUCAAGACUUGAUGAUCAACGCUGUGUAUUGCCACCGUAUUUUUCUCAGACAUCUAGAGACGAUCGUCAAGUUUCCAGUCCUGGUAAUCAAACCCUCAUACCGUCUCCAUCACCAUCGCCAGUUGGCGAUGCACCUUUGGGACGUGCCUUGAUGGAGGCAGCUAUUCAACAAGCUAAUACCUGUACUCAGCAACAACCACCACUAAUUGUAACACCUCCAGGAUAUUGGGUAGAUGGUACUGAUCAUCGUCAUGCUCUUGAUUCUGUUGGCAGAGCAAUGCUGCCAACACAACCAGCUUGGCAGCCACGAAUCGAUCAGGAUGACACAGCCAAGUGCUAUAGACGCUUCUUUGUUGGAAGGGAGCAUGUAAAUCUUGUUGGUAGAGAUUCAGAAAAUGGUCCAAUUUUAGUAUCAAUGAAGUCAGAAACCGUUGCUGGGCAAGAACAUUGGAGAGUAUUACUUCGUAUUAGAUCUGGUUCGACUCACGAACUGGUACCAUCAAUUAAUUUAGAACCUAAUCCAUCUCCUGCUAAAAUGGUUAAGGCGAUAAAUGAAUGUCUCAAUGUCAGUACACUAAUGCCAAUAGUAUGUUCCGGAGCUGGAACUUUAAUUGCUCGAUAUGACGAACAUGCAUUAGUAAGCAGAUUUAAAUUUGGUGUAUUACAUCAGAGGGCUGGACAAGUUACGGAAGAGCAACUAUUUGGUAAUCGUCAAAUAACACCAGCAUUCCAAGAAUUUUUAGAUUUACUUGGACAAAAAAUUGAUCUAAAAGAUCAUAAAGGAUAUCGUGGAGGAUUGGAUACAAGACAUGGUCAAACAGGGGAUUCGGCAGUUUAUGAAGUAUUUCGAGGUCGUGAAGUACUUUUUCAUGUUGCUUCAAUGCUUCCCUACAGUCCUGGUGAUGCUCAACAACUUCAGCGUAAAAGACACAUUGGCAAUGAUAUCGUAGCAAUAAUAUUCCAAGAGGAACCAACGCCUUUUAGUCCCGAUAUGAUUGCUAGCCAUUUUCUUCAUGCCUUCAUUGUUGUUCAAGUCAUCGACCCAUGUACACCUAACACGAGAUACAAAGUGAGCAUUACAGCACGAGACGACGUACCAUGGUUCGGACCAGCAUUGCCAACGCCUGCGGUCUUCCUUCGAGGCGUUGAGUUUAAAGAGUUUUUGCUUACAAAACUCGUAAAUGCAGAGAACGCAGCUUAUAAGGCAGAAAAGUUUGCGAAAUUAGAGUUAAGAACACGGUCAGCACUUUUGGAAUCUUUGGUUGAUGAGCUUCAAACAAAAACUAGUGAAUUUUUGGGAGCUGGAUCUGGUCCCGGUUUAUCUGGGUCAGGUACUUGUCCAGUUAGUCCAACAACAAGUGAUGCACCAACCUCUGGAAGUAGUGGAAGUGGUUCUAGAUUUAUUGAUACAGUGCGUAAAGCAUUAAUAUCACGAGUAAGAAAUGCUUCAACUGAAAGUGUACCUCAGCAAUUAGCUAAAAAGGGCCAGUCUGAACCAAGUCCACCAAGCAAUCGACAAUCAACAUCAAAGAUUGGUGGGAAACGUGCAACUGAGCUUUCUAGUCCAUUGGGAUCUCCUGAUUUAACUUUGAGGAGGGAUUCAGAUCGUGUAAGUCCGAGCUUAGGAAGUCAGGACAGUAGUUUGUCUAAUACUGACAAUCAAGACAGUAGUAGCCUGACAACUUUGCAACAGGAUGAAAUUGAUAGACGAGAGUCAAAUACCUUACAAUUGACAUCCGGAAUAAAUAACGAAAAUAUUUCAACAAUUGAAAAAAGUCCGACAAUAACAUUUCCACGUCUUACUCAUGAGAAUAUACGGAAACGUGAUGACAGAUCUGAAAAACCAGAGAUAACUCACAGAAUCGUUUCUGAAAGUGAUGACAGUUCAUUAAAUAGCGAAUUAGAACUUGAUCAAGUUGUUUAUCCCGAUAGUGAUACUGGAUUAGAGUCAAUGAGUUCUGCUGAAACUCAUGAAACCACCAAGACUAAUAACAACAACAAUAAUACUAAUAAUAAUAAAAAUGGCACUAAUGAAAUGGAAAAUUUAAGACAAGAAGUCACUAGGUUGAAAUGUGACAAGCUGGACUUGUUGAGACAAAAUGUGACAUGCCAACGAGAUAUUAAACGACUUCGUGAAAAAGAAAUGCAAUUACAGUCAGACUUAGCGACUGCAUCCAAAGAAAUUUUACGACUCAGAGCAAUGCUCAAAGAAUGUUCAACUAGUAUUCCAUUGGAUAGCAAUAAUCAACCGUCAUCUACAGUUUAAAUUAUUUUAUCAAAUUAACAUUUUCAUUUAACAAUAAAUAUAUCAUUGUUUAGAGUUUUAUUAUUAUUUGUAUUACUUCUAUUAUCGUAAUUUAAUAACUAAUAUUAUUGCUAUUACGUAAUAGAAUUAAAGUAUUUGCAUGAUCUCCAAGAUAUUCGGAGAUGGUUAGUAAGUAGUAUAAAAAAAUUAAGAGAAUAUAAAAAAAUAAUUGAUAUUUUUAAACAAAAGAAAAAAUAUUUAUCAUAUUAUUUAUUGCUAUAAGCGUUAAGAUAAAUCUACACCCUUGUGUUAGUCAAUGUAUUAAAUAAGAAAAAGAAAAAAAAAUUAACUGAAUCUGACAUAAGUUUAAGUAUAGAAAUUUUAGUUGAAAUUUAACAAUUUUGAGAUAGAGUAGAAUAUAUGAAAGUAAAAAAAAAUAAAAAUAAAUGAUUAUAUUGAUAUAUAACGAAUACGUAGUGCGCCUUAGAGUAUUUAGUUAUUAAAACAUAUUCUAAUACCUGUUGAUAAUAUUACUUGACUUACCUCGGGUGUCUCUUGUAUCUUGCAAUAUUUAAAUUGCUAAAAUUUUAGUCAAUUCAAUGUAAUUUAAAAUGCCUUUUAAAAUUUUAAUUAUUUUAAUUGUCAAAAAAAUGUUUUUUUUUGAUAGAAAAAAAAAAAUAUAAUAUUUAUAAGAAAAGUAAAUGAAUAAGUUAUAAAAAGGCUUAAAAUUUUCAAAGAUUU